AUGAAUCUCAGUGACAUUGAUACGACAUUACACAUCCGUCGAAUACCUACACCAGCGUCGAGUUUUCUUUUGUUACCACACUCUCAUCGAACGUCAUCAACGGAUCUUCGUUCUCGUCAACCGAAAUCCCAUGAAUCGAAAACUUCUUCCUACACCUGGCGACGAUACUCGGAGAAAAUGGCGCAGAUCAAUUCCGCACCUGAUGUUGCCUAUCGAAACACGUACUUAAAAACCGACAAGUCAGAUAUACACAUUUCUCAGUACCACUCUCGUUUACCAUCAACUCCACCGAUGAAAUUCAAUUCUUUUCCAUCGGAAAGAUCACAAUCGAAUACAAUUUAUGAUUAUAUUCGCGAUUCCAUUCGACAAAUCGAACACCAACGGCAAUUGAAACGUGAUCUUUCCCUGAACGUCAAACGUCCGCAAAAUAAUGAUCACACGUUUCAACAACUCCUAGUUCGUCGACGCUCAUCAACUCGAAUGUCGCACUUGGAUUUCGCCACACCGACAAAUUCAAAAACAAUUGUCAAUUAUCUCAAUCAUGUUCGUCUCGCUCAACUUACGAAAAACAACGCUAAUCAAUAUACGAAGUGUGUUUGA